AUGCCCGACCCCACCCUCCCCGUCCUCCCGACCCUUAAGCGACCUCGCUCCUCCUCCAACCCACCCUCGCCUACCGGCUCUUCCAGCUCCAAAAAGGCCGCGUCGGAGGACACGAACGGCUCUCCCGUACCCGCACUGGAAGGCUCGGUACGGCUCGAGGAAUCCAUGACAGGCAUUGAGGAUCACGCGGGCGAGGCUGUGGGGAAGGAUGCAGCGCGCACGGACGUGGAUGGGGAUGGAGGAGAGUGGGUGAAAAUGACGGAAGAUGUUCAUCUGGAUGGUGGCAGCAAAGGGGAAGGUGCCGACGGCGGGGAAAGAGCUAAGCGGCUGGGAAAGGAGAAGUACGUUGAGCUGUACAACGAGCUGCUAGGAUCAUCGCCCCCGCCUUUCUACGCAUUCAACCGGUACUACAUCAUCCCCGCCAAGCUCCGAGACGACCUCAAAUCCGCCGCCUUCAGCGAUGAGGCCGAGUCCGCUAGCAGCGCGGUCAAGCUGGACAUGGCGCCCCUGCUGGCCGACCUCGAGGGGGAAGAGGUCUAUGUUAUCGACAACCAGAAGAACUCGGACGGGACGACCUCAUUGGCGCCGAAGGGCACAAAGGAAAGGAUAUGGAGCUUGAAGAUGGGUCUGCAGGAGGACGAGGACUUUGUGUACAUCAGUACAUCGGGCUGGAAGACGCUUGCUACGGCGCUGGGAGCCGAGAGUGGCCCUUCUCUGUCGCGCUUCGCUAUAUCCGGCAACCGCAUCCAGCUUACUCUCCCCAUUUACACCCUCUACCAGGUACAAGCUCCCGGCGGUCCCGCACCCAUUCCUACGGCUGCGCCUAUCCGCUUUACCUGCCCCACCGAAACCCUCAUCCCUAUCUUUGUCCGCCUCCUCCGCUCCCUCGUCGCCGAGACAGCCACAGUCGACAAGAGCGCCGCCUACCGUGUCUGGGCAUUCGAGACGCUCAUGGCGUUCGACAACAACGACCCCGCCGCCAAGGCCGCGUUGAAGUCUAGCACGAUCGCGCCGGCGCUCAUUCCAGGACUGGCGGGCAAAAUGGUCGCUUCCUCGGGCGAGACGGACUCGGCGGAAACCUGUGCCAGCCGUAACUUUGAGGACGGUGAUUCGUUCAUCCUCGAGUUCGGCAAGAAGCUCGGCGGAGACCAGACAGACUGGGUCAUGGACGUCAGUAUGAAGGGAGAGGCGGUCGUAAAGCCUACCAUCAGCAUGCCGCCUGUUCCUACCGCUCCAUCGCCACUCUUCUCGCAGCCUGCCAAAUUCCCCGGUAGUGCUCCCACCACAUCCACGGCCGGCGAGAGCUCGUCAACGGGGAUGUUUGGGAUGACGACCCGGGCGCAGACGAAGAAGGUGGCCAAGACCAGGGGUCUGGUGGGACUGGUCAAUCUGGGUAAUACCUGCUUUAUGAACUCGGCGACUCAGUGUUUGAGCAACACCGUCGAACUCUGUGACUACUUCCUUUCCGGAGUCUACCGCGAAGAGCUCAACCGGGACAACCCUCUUGGGAUGCACGGUCAAGUCGCCGAAGCCUUUGGCGGCGUCGUCGAGUCCCUCUGGUCGCCAAACCCUUCAUCCUCCUUCUCGCCCCGUCAGCUCAAGGGGACGACAUCCCGAUUUGCACCCCAAUUCGCCGGGUACGGCCAACACGACACCCAAGAAUUCAUCGCUUUCCUCCUGGAUGGUCUGCACGAGGAUCUCAACCGGAUCCAGAAGAAGCCGUAUGUCGAGAAGCCGGACUGGAAGGCGGGUGGAGGCAAUAAAGAGUUGGCGGAGCUGGGCAAGGAGUGCUGGGGCGGGUACAAGAAGCGGAAUGACUCGGUCAUUGUCGAUCUGUUCCAGGGGCAGUUGAUGAGCACACUAGUUUGCCCAGAAUGCCACAAGGAAUCGAUCACGAUGGACCCGUUCAUGUACCUCACUGUCCCUCUGCCGAUCGCUCAACAUCGCGAGCUCAAGUACGAAUACCUCUCCCGGGACCCGGAAAAGCCGAUCGUCAAGGGCAAGCUCCUCAUCCCCGCCAACGCCUCCUUCUCUCAGGUCAAGGAGAAGCUUUCUGUCCUGAUGAAAUGCAACCCCAAUCAUCUCCUCGGCUUCGACCUGUGGAAAAACGGCAUAUAUGCCUGGUACAACGACUCCGACCAUAACGGUGAGGCGAAAGAUCACGAUGUUCCCGUCUUCCAGGACGUUGGCGUCCCCACAUCCACUACGCGCAAGUCCACCGGGAUCCUUCCUACAGACGGCUCGAUCACUGUCCCCGUCUUCACCUUCCGGAUCCAGGAGGGAUACCGCGGCCGAGCUGGCGACAUACCCGACCAGGGCGAUAUCAUGCCAUUCUUCAUCACGCUCUCACGCGCCGAGGCGGCCGACGCUAGCGCUGUCCGUGAGGCCAUCGCCAAGGGGUAUGCGCGCUUCAUCGAGGAGGAGGCGUACGCUGGUAUGUGGGUACCGAGCGGGUCCAAGCAUGCUGGCGUGCCAUCCGUGCAGGAAGAAGGGGAGGGUGCAUCGAACGGGGUCGCAGCGGGACCGGAAGAACACGUCAACGGAAACGGUGACGAGACCAAGGUUGCCGAGAUCCCCGUACCAAGCGAAGGAUCCGAGCUUGGCUCUCGGCCGGCCUCACCGCUCAACGAAAUCCACACCACGUUGAUCCGGAACAACGCGUCCUCGGCUUCGCUCUCCACCCUCGCGUCCGUCAAAUCCGGCAAGAUUGUCCCUCGAGGUGAUCUGUACAAGGUACACGUCGCCGACGCGUCGACUGGCGAGGGUGGUUCCAGCCUGGGGCUGUUCAAGUCCAAAGACACCGUCGUCCCCGUCUACAAAGGCGGUAGUCCCAGGCAGGCAUCCAACAGCUGGUCGUUGCUCGAAGCUAGGCGGAAGGCAAAGAAGAAUCUCCUGGGGAGGUUCACGAGCGGGAUCUCGUCCAUCGUGGGAGGGAGCUCGGGCGAGGACGCCGAAGCGUCUGCUGCAAACGGUACCAAGGAGAAGGAGAAGGAGAAGGAAGGCGCGUCGUCCGCUCUCGUCGUUCGUCCCGGCGAGGCGAUCUUUUGCGAGUGGUCCAUCCCAGCAUACCAGGAGUAUCUCCAGGGUGGCCUCCGGCCGGAAGAGGAGUUCGUCGAUCCGGCGAUCGAGAAGGAGCGGGCAAAGAAGAAGGAGGGCAAGUCGAUCUCGAUCGAGGACUGCCUGGAUGAGUUCUCCAAGCAGGAGACACUCGGCGCGGACGAUCUCUGGUUCUGCCCCGUCUGCAAGAAGCACCAGGCGGCGACCAAGCGGCUCGAGAUCUACAAGGCGCCCGACAUUCUCGUCAUCUGCAUCAAGCGGUUUGGAUCGUCCCGUCGACUCUCGGACAAGCUGGAUAAUCUGGUCAACUUCCCCAUUGAGGGUCUGGAUUUGGAGGAGCGGAUCGGCGAGCGGAAGAUUGCCAAGGAGAUGAAGCUGUCUGCGGCGGAGGCGAAGGAGUUUGGGAUGGAGGGGGAUGACGAGGAGAGUUGGGUGUAUGAUCUCUACGGAGUGGAUAAUCACUUUGGUGGUCUGGGCGGGGGUCACUACACUGCGUUCUGCAAGAAUAAGGAGGAUGGCGAGUGGUACAACUAUGACGACUCGCGAGUGUCCCCGGCGAGCGUGAGCGGAAUACAGACGCGCGCGGCCUACUUGCUGUUCUACCGUCGGCGGACCGUCCGCCCCAUCGGCGGUAUCUCUCGCAUCAAAGCCGAAGAGGCACUCUCACGCAACCCAUCCCGCGCCGUCUCGCCA